CAAUUCCUUAAAUUUGAAUGCGCACGCAACCUGGAGAAGAAGUUACGACGUAACGCCUGACCUCGUUGUUACGUAAUAUGUUAAUUUUAUACCAAACCGUUAUGUUGUUAUGUGACGCGUGACACGCAUAAAACACCAAACUUACGCUUCAAGCAACCUUGCUCUUUUUGAUGAGCGAUUAUUUUUUGUAAUAAUACGAGAAAACAAGAGCUUAAAAGUCGUAAAAAGCUGAAAUAUUGAAAAAUAAUAGAGAUAUUUGUUUAAAACAGAUUUGAAUGUUAGAUAAUCACAAAAUACAAUAUUUUUGUAAAACAAAAUGGCCGAAGUACAGUUCGGGGUAAGAUUCACAUGAAGUUCUGGCCCUAGACAAACAAGUGAAUUUUCGUUUUGGGAAUGGUUCGUGCUAACAUCAAAGUCUUUCUUGUCGCCACCGGAGUAGUAUUAUUGGUAAUCCUGAUAUUUAUCACCAAUCCACAGUUAUAUGAACAACUUUUGGAGACGACAUAUCGUUUCCAAGACAGCCAGUUUCAUACUGUAAACAACUCCUACAAGUGCGACGGCAAAUGGAUCGAAUGGUACAAGAAAUUCCACGCCGACGGCUUAAAAUCAACCAAUAAGAAUCGUCGAUUCCUCGUAUUCUACUGCCCAGGCCACGACGGUGGUUGCGGCGGGUACGGCAAUCGUAUGGUCGGUCUAAUCUCUACCUUCUACCUGUCUAUUUUACUAGAAAGGGUUUUUAUGAUACACUGGGGUGGACCAGAAAAGUUUGAAACAUUCUUGCUGCCAAAUCAAAUCGACUGGACGUACGAUGAAUCGAAGUUUGAAGGCCUGAGUAUCAGGAGUCAUCACUGGGGAACUUACAAACCCGGUGGAUACGAUAGAUAUAAGAUACGUARCGAAGCAAAUAUCAAGAAUAUGAUCAAAGAAAUGGAGCCGGGAAGUCUAUUCGACCAUCAAGUCGUGAAACUGAACGCCAUCUGGUACUUUGCUGAAAGCUUAUGGGGAAAUCGCGAGUUGAAAAAGCGCGCGAAAGAGCUUGAGCUUCCUCCGGUUCUGACGACGUAUCCUUACGCUAUGAUUGGCUGUGCCGUCAAAUUUUUGUUCAAAAAAUCAAGGUAUUUAAUGAAGGAGUUUAGCAAAGAAAAGUCAAGAAUGGGACCAAGAGAACGGCCAAUGAUUGGUAUACAUGUGAGAACCAAUGACCUUCAUUGGGGAUCUACCAAUCAAAAAAGCCGUCGUACGCGCACUCCUGAACGUGUUUUUCUUUGCGCUCAGAGAGUAGAAAACGCUUUAAAAAAGAAAUUCAUUAGUUUGAGGAAAAAGACAUUCACGUGGUUUUUAGCUGCUGACGAUAAAAAUCUAAAACUGCGGGCUCAGUCACAGUUUCCUAGCAACGUAGUAACGUUGGAUAUCAAACCCCGUCAUUUGGAUAUCAAUGGGAAGGAUUUCCAGGAUGUUUUGCGAGAUCUUUUGAUGGAUCAAUUGAUGUUACUUGAAUGCGAUUACUUUCUACCCACUUGGGAUAGCACUUUUAGUUAUGUGGUUUUAGGAAUGAAACAGUUUUCUGUGAAGAAUUUUGUAUUUGGAGAAAAUUGUCCUCUAGAUGAACAGAGAAUAGCUUUAGCACCUUGAAAAGAAGUCAGCGGUCAAAACAUAGCACAUGCGCAGGAUGCCAUUUGUUAAUAUUUAGUGUUGCAGCUUUUUGAUAACAAGUCAGCGGUCAAAAGCUAACGCAUGCGUAAUAGGUCAUGUCUUUAUUUAGUGCUGCAACUUUUUAAUGGCUAAAAAAGUCACGCAACGGCUAGGUCACGCAGAGGAAAUAAUAACUUCAUUUUGACCAAUCGAAGUGCGCCUCUACUUAUACCUUUACUUUAGUACAUUUUCUAGAAUUGGUUCUCUCCUGUGCUUCGAGGGUUUUUCUCCCUCCUCAAAAAUCAACUUCUAUAAAUUCCAAUUCGAUCAUAAAAUGAGGGCCACAGGUUUUGUUGUUUUAAGUUCUCUCCCUCGUAAAAACAAGUUCUUUUUAUAAAUUUUUUUGAUUCUAAUCUUAAUAAUAAGGUUACAUCAUUGUCAAGUUCACGCCACGUCUGUUUUUCGUUUUUUGGGCUUAUUCGCUAGAGCUAGUAGAGUGCAAACAAUAUAACCGUGAAACUUUAGUAAUACUAACUAGCACAAUUUCAUGCAAAUUCCAUUGUUUUCUAUUGUUUAACUAGCACUAUCUUGUACUAUUUAGUAAUUAGUGUUUCACGGAUAAAUUGUUUACACUCUAGUCUUUUGAAAUAACAGUAAGCUACAACAAAAAACCAUCCAUUUAAAACCAUUUAUUUAUACCAUAUAUUAGCCCUUGCGAGGUUGAGGAGUUGGCAUUGCAAUGCAUUAUGGGGCUGUUUUAGGGACAUAUUUACAAGUUAGCGUCUAUUUCGUCCCCUAAGCAGACCCACAAUACACAGCAAUGCCAACUCGAUCCAGUUUUUCCCUCGACCUUGGAAUAGCUAAUAUUGCAACUGUACUAUGCUGUGGAAUAGGUUCGGCACGAAGCACAUGCGCACAGUACAUUGGCUCUCAAAAUUACUUUUCUCCGACCAAUCAAACACCAAGAAAAUGGGUGCGCACAAGCCGUAUCAAGUUCUACGCGCAUGCGCAACUUGUGCCUUUACGCAUGCGUAAACCUAAUCUUCUAUAUUUAUACUAUAUAUAUAUAUCAUUAUUCUCCCCUAACAAAUAUAUUACAUUUAUUUUUGUACAGCUAUA